UCAAAGACUUAAACUACUUCAGUCUGUGUGCACUGAAUUUAUUUAAUACACCAGUUUCACAAUUUGAGUUGAAUUACUGAAAUAAAUUAACUUUUCCACGACAUUCUAAUUUGAGAUACUCCUGUAUAUAUACGUCACGAUUUGGUCAUUUACCUGGAUACUCGAAUGUAAACAACAGCAUGGAUUGCAUGGUUAAUGUACUACGGAAUACGUUGUUUUGAUAAUUUAUGCUGUCUAAACCACGUAAAAAAUGUGUGGAAGCUGCUAAAACAUAGAGAAGGUCUGUGAUUUAGGACUAAGCAGGAAAGGGCACAAUAUUUUGACAAACUACAGUUAAUAGGUGGUAAAGAUAUUUAGGAGCAGCAUUAAUUAAGAUAUUAGCCUAAUAUUUCAACUACCUGACCGGAAAUAAGAACAAACACAAAUGUAAAGAUUCUUGCCCUGGAAAUCCUGGUUCAGUUUGGCCAACCACAACACCUUUUGUUUCUCAGGCAGUUUUUUGCACUCUUCUCCUUGAUUUGUUAUAACUUUUGGCAGUCUAUAGUUCUAUAAAUGUUUUACCCGGUUCGACCGAUUAGUACAGCCCAAAACAUGACAAUAAUUGAUCAUUUCGUUCGAUCAAGUUUCAUCCAUUUUAGUGGCAAAUAUUUUUUGCAUAUACGAAUGGAAAAAUUACACUGGAAAUAUGUUUAGAACUUGAUCAAAAAGCAGGCUAUAUGAAACAGAGUUGGUUUAAAUCAACAUAUUUUAUUAAAACGUCUUUAAAUUCUAUUAAGAAUAUGAGUUUUAGUAAUGAGUAUUGCUUGAUGCUCAUUACAUUUAUAUGUUUUACAUGAAUUUGUUUAAAUUAUGUGCUGCACGGAACUGCAAUUAAACAUCGUCAUUAAAAAAUUCAAAUCUGUUGAGAUGUCAGGUCGGACCUCCAAUCACUACUAAUAUAGAUAAAAUCUAGAAUUUUCUUUUAUUAACAUGACAAAUCUAGUAAAGAACAACUUAAAAGAGAAAAGGUCAUAACUGAUAUAUCGACAGUUUUCUAUAAAUACUGGGUAGCCCAAGAAAAAUAAGGAUUCGUAAAGAGAAAUUUAAUUAAUUAAGUUAACCUUUUUGCUAUAAAACAUUAUAUGUCUGUCACUAUAUUAACGCAAUGACCAUUUUAUCAUAUUGCUGUUGUCUACAACCAAUUGAUAACUAAUAAGAUUUAAGCGUGAUUUAGUUAAUGGAUGUUGUUUUGAAAUCAUAGGACUAAUCGUAGGUGUUGAAUGUGCGCAUGCGCAGUAGAUCAUCUAUCUAGCAACAGAAGCUAAUGGACAGAGCACCGUCUGUUUUAAAGAUGGACCUUCGUAAAGGUAACGUGGCGGCCGCAGGACGGGUGAUAAUGGACGUGAUCCAGGCUGAAUGGGAGCCGCUGUCUCACUGGGAGCUUGACCAGCGACUGGACCGUGCAGUGGAAGAAAUGAUAGAGGCCGACCUGGUGGCCCAGGUCCAGGAGCAGGCAGCUGUGUUAACGCAAGCAUCUCAACAGGAGAAUUCAACGCCAUCACAUCAGGCACAAACAGCAACUCCUCAGGUGUCAGAGUCCAGGAAGCCUGUUAAGGAGUCUGCCUUGCAGCGUGCACAUGCUACUGAAGUCAUGGAGGCAAAUCCUACUGUACAGUAUGUGACAAAUUUCCUGCAAAGCUCCAACACAAGCUACAGCAAGAACCGAUUGUCUGGAAGAGCUCGACUGUCCUUGUCUCACACUGUCCUCCUGUCCCUCACCCUCCUGUCCAGACGCAUCAGCUAUCGCAGCGUAUCCUCUAGUUUCCAUCUGGAAAAGGGAAAUAUUCACAGGAUCUUCUUCUCUUUCUGUGAUCAAGUGAUCGCACAAAAGGAUCGGGUCAUUCAGUGGCCUACAGGACAGGAGGUCCUACGGCAUCUGCUUCCUUUCUCCAGCUGGCUGAGUCGCAAUGAGGGUCUGGAAGAGAGAGGUCUUCCUCAAGUGCUCGGGGUGCUGGGUGACACGCGCAUCCCCAUCCGCCUGCCUGCUGGCAAACCGGACAGCGAGAGCGACGCUCCGGAAGCCAAGAGACCUAAGAACGAAGCACAUCCAGAUUCAUGGCUGAACUUGGAGUUGGUCUGCAAUGACAAGGGUCGCUUCAUUUACUGCCACAUUAGCAAAGGGUCAGAAAAAGACACAGGAAGCACAUUAGCUGAAAGGAUUCGGCAAAACCCUGAGAUGUUGCCUCCAGGGACCUGCCUGAUAGCCAGAGUCGGAUACCCCCUCACAGAACAAAUACUUACUCCGUUUUCAGCAGGUCGAAACCCACAGGAAAACCUCUACAACAAAUCGGUGAGGAGCCAUUUGAGCCGAUUCAACCAAGCUGUGGCGGACUUAAAAGAGCGAUUCCAGAAAUUGAGAUAUUUGGACAUGGGAAAUUAUGAGAGAGCAAAAGCAGUGGUUCUGACUGCUUGCGUAUUACACAAUGUUUUUCUGGACAUGGGGGAUGUGACAAAGGGACUGAUAGACAGAAGCAUACCGGAAGAUCUUGAAGAGGUAAAUGAAGAUGCUGCUGGGGUGAAAAUGAGGGAGACUGUAGUGAAUCUGCUUUAUAGCACAUUGGAAGCAGCGCCACAAUAAGAAUUUUGACACUGAUUUACAUAUUUAAAGGGAUAGUUCACCCAAAAAAGACAUCCUUCACACAUCAUUCUAAACCCAUGUGACUCGUUCAUCUUUGGAAAACAAAUGUAGAUUUUAGUAUUCUUUCAUCAUUUUUAUCCAUUCACUGAAACCAAAACUUUCAUUCAUCAAAAAGUGCAAAACGAAAUAAUCCAUAUGAAUCAACGUUUUAGUCGAAUGGACCAAAGUUUGAUUAAAAUUAGCUUAAUUUGUGAUGAACAAAUAUCUUAAAGGUUUAAGGGACACUUAAAUGAUAAAAUAGAUUAAAUUGUCAUUUUUGGGUGAACUUUUAAUCACUUUAAAGCUCAAAGAUUGAGUGUGUAAUUAAUGAAUAUUUGUUGAUAUAAAGAAGUUUUGCAGAAAAAAAUGAUAUACACAUUUUGUAUGCCUUUUUUAUUAAAACAUAAAAAUACAAUGUGCAAUUUGUGCUUUACUCAUUUUACUCAUUUUGCAACAAUUUAAACAGUCAAAGGGGCAUGUCUGACUUUGACAUGUAUAUAUUGCCAUUAUUAUGUAAUCAAAAUGAAAUUCAUUAUUGCUGCUCUUCAAUGAUAAUGUCAAGUUACUUUAAUAUUUUUGCACCAAAAAAUGAUAAGGAUUUAUGCUGAUAUUGUCCAAAACCACACUUUGCCAGGGGUGUUUCCAAACUUUUGCCAGUGUAUCUACUCAACACGUAGCUAUGAGCGAGGGGGACAAAUUAAUAUUUCCUGAUCAUAAAUGUAGGGGUGUAGUUAAAAUCAGUCUCAGCCAAUGGAAAAUAUAAUAUAAGAAAAUAUAAAUUAAAAGAAAAAGGGUUUAAAAAGAUAUUUUUAAAAAUAACAAAAAUAUUUCAAUAUUAUUUUAAGUUGAAAUUUAGGAGUUAGGGAUUGGGACAGCCACCUUCCAAUUGCAAGUACCCUCUAAACGAUGAUUUUAUAUAUAUUAAGCUUGCUGAUAUUUUAAAUAUUAUUGUGGGUUUCGAUAGAUAAUAAAAAGAUCUUAGUAAACAUCUACAUUUUAAAUACUUAAAUGCUUUUUAAAUACGUUUUUUUUGGUUGUGGGACAGCAGUUUGGACCAAUUCUAUAUUAUGGCCCAUAUAUACUGUAAUAAAUAUAUGGUUCAUUGUUUGUUCAUGUUAGUUAAACCAUUAAUUAAUGGAACCUUAUUGUAAAGUGUAACCAAGUGAAUGAUAAUAACAUAGGUCCAUUCGUGUCAAAACAAAACACCUUAGGAACAAUAUGUAAGUGAUGGUGGGAAUUGUUAUUUUUGAGUGAACUAUCCUUUUACAGCUCUUGAGAUUCUGUGUGUAAUUAAUGUAUAUUUGGUAGUAUAAAAAAAGCUUUAGCAGAAACAAAUUGUGAUAAACAUUCUUUUAU